AGCCCCGCGAGGCGGGGGUGUGGGGAGGGAGCGUCCGGCGCCGUCGGGCCUCGCCCGGGGAGUGCGGCCUUUGGCUCUGGGCCUCCUGUGGGAGGCGGGAAGGCCCGAGGGGAUGUGGCUGUGCAGCACAGAUUACGGGAGUGUUAAAUCUCCCCGUUAUUCUCGCGGGUGUGGCGCCGAGGAGGGAAACGGUGCUGGGGAGAAAGGAUGCUUCCCGGUAUUGGAUCAGCCUUUACGGUCGAUGGAGGAACUUCCCUUCGGGCAUGGCUGUGGUUCAGGCUCUGCUGCCUGAAGCACCCCGCGCCUUCCCUGCCCUGCUUACAGAUGCUCGCAAAGCCCCUUGAGGGGCAGGAGUGGGUUUCAGCCCCUUGCUGAAGGGUGCUGUUGUGUUCCCGGUGUUGAUCACAGUGUAGUGUGCCUGUAGUUGCAGGAUCUUAUCCAUUAUUUCUCCUUUGCUUUGUAACCUCCCUACUUUUCACCUUUAAUUUUGUGAGAAUCAGAUUCUCGCUUUCUGUGUCAUGGUGAUCCUUUACCAAGUCACUUGUUUAUCUCGGAGAUCAAAGUUUUGCCUUCACUGCAGCAGUUAAAUUUUACUAUACAGAAAGGCCCGAGGGCAUGCAAAACAAAGGUGCUCUUGGCGCUGCAAGUAGUCACUGCUUGAGCAAUGGCUGGCAUAUUGUAAAUGUAUAAAAACAUCACUUAGAGUAGUUGUUCUCGGUGUGGGAGGGAUUGAUUAAAGAACGUGGGGUUCCAGGAAAAUGCUGUCUAGCUGUUGUCUUUCUCCCCUUUCCUCCUCAUUCUCCUCUCCGAUAAUCACGUUGUUUUGGACAAAAGUAGGAAAAAUAAGGGGAUAAAGGCUCUGGCACUGAUGUGUGCUCCAAGCAUGCAGCUUCUUAUGGCAUGGAGAGUAGGAAUUGCAUCCUCCCACUCGUCGCUUUUGAUGUUGAGUGACAGGCUGUGCUGAAUGGCAGGUCGAGGUUCAGUGUGUUACAUCUGUUGGUAACUGCCUCUCUCCUGGCCGAGACUUUAGUGGGCCCUCCUCUGUGGAGGCCACAGGUGAAGGCUGUUGCUGAGGGAAUUCUUCCCUGGGGGAAGGGGGAAGUAGGGAGGAUCAUGUACCAUGGAGAAGGACCUGUUUCCAUUGGGCAUGCAGAAAACUCGAAGUGGUUGUAGAAAUUUGGAAAACAUCAGCAGGGAGUUGUUUGGAUCUAGGGUGCAGGUAUUUGAAUGGAUUAUAUUCAGUGUGGUUGUCAAGGAGAGAUAGUGAUAUAGAGGUUUGAGGAAUGCCAGAGAACGUUUAGGGAUUGUUUACAGAUGGGAUAGGUGAAGGAAGCUAAUGAGGAAAGUAAGCCUUUGGGUUACAGCUGUGUUCUGUUUGUCAGUCUCUCCCAAAGGUAUUCUCAAUAAGUGCACUGGUGUUCACUGUGCUGUCAGUGACCUCCCUGCAGCCUUGUGGUAAAUGGAAUCUGGGAGACCUGAAAAGUCAGCUUUUGUCCAGAGUAGUUUUUUUUCUGGAUCAGGUCACUGCUGCAGCCCACUAAGCUGUGGUAUCAGUCUUGAAACAAAUGAGGAAGGGACAGUUGCCUUUUCUGCAGCAGCAUGCUUGUACUUCAUCACAGAGAUUGUGGAAACCACGGUGUAAGGGCAUAUGAAAACACUAUGUUUAAAACUCACGCACACAAAAAAACCACCACCAAAAAACCAGAAAGGCUAUCCAAAACAACAUGUGUCCAGAGGCAUGCUAAUUUCUUUUUGUGUAUUGAGAAAUUUCUUUUAAAAAGUCACUUUGCUUUCUGUGUUUUUUAGUUAGAGGAGAAAUAUGCUUUUGUUUGCCAGUAGUAUUACAUAAAAGAACAGCUAACAAUCAUAUGACAGUUUUUUUCAGAGGUGAUUUUGCUCUUACUAGGUUGCUGUCUUUUGACUUAUCUUACAAGUAUUUUGUAUUGUUUUCUAUAAAGAAAUGAAUUAAUUUUGGGGAAAAAAGGCUUUAGUAUGUUUUACUGUUUCCAUUGUAUUUCCAGCAUAUGAAACUGGGAGAAUAAUGCUUCCUAGAUCUUAUUUGUACAUUCCAAGAUAGUUUGGGCAAAUUUGCCAUGGAAUUUUAGUAUUUGUAGGAAUCUAAGUCCUCGAUGAUCUGACUAGCACUGUCACUAUGAAAUGCAUUCUGUUCUUAUGUGUAAUGUGCCGCUGCUACGUUUGUUUUUGUGGACAUUGAAAGAAAAAGGAGGGAAGAGGUAAAGAGUGGAUAAGAAAGCACGGCAGAUGUGCACACACUGAAUAGAUGACUUACAGUGCUGUCUCAUUAAGACUUUCUGUAAUUCAGUAUGUGUAUUAUGAGAGAAUAUUAAAAGUUGUAUGGGAUUUCUAGUAGACUGUCCUAUCCCCUUUUGUUUUGUCAUGAUUGUAUAAUCCCCAUGUCUUUUGAAGCCUGAAUCUCUGAAUGAACAUGCAUUUUGGAAACAGCUUGUGAAUUACUUUAAUAAGAUUUGGAUUUAAAUCUUCCUGACAGCUCUCAAGUUACGCUUAAGCAAGAGAAAUACAGACUACUAAAUAACUCUAAAUGAAGGAUAGCUAAAAUAGCGAAGCUAAGAGGAAGCAGUGUUUUGCUAGUACAAAAUCUGAAAUGGUCCGAUACACUACUGUGCUCCUUCAGAGACUCAUGCUUGCUGAUGAUGAGAAGUAAAAACUUAAUCUUAAUAAAGCAUAUAUUUUGUAGAAAUUGGAAAUAUCUUGGUCACUACUAGUGAAUGGAACCCGUAUUGCUGAAAGCACAAAUAGGGAGUUUUGAAAUAAUUGCUUCGUUGGCACCAACUAACAGUUUGAGGAGUAUAUCUACUGAGAAAAAUGGGUCGAUCUAACUCUAGAUCACAUUCUUCAAGAUCAAAGUCCAGAUCUCAGUCCAGCUCUAGGUCAAGAUCCAGAUCACAUUCAAGGAAAAAGAGAUACAGUUCUAGGUCUCGGUCAAGGACGUAUUCACGAUCUCGCAGCAGGGAUCGUGUUUAUUCUAGAGAUUAUCGCAGAGAUUACAGAAAUAAUAGAGGAAUGAGACGUCCCUAUGGUUACAGAGGAAGAGGUAGAGGGUAUUAUCAAGGAGGAGGUGGUAGAUACCAUCGUGGAGGUUAUAGGCCUGUCUGGAACCGAAGACACUCCAGAAGCCCUAGACGUGGCCGUUCACGUUCCAGAAGUCCAAAACGAAGGUCUGUGUCUUCCCAGAGGUCCCGGAGCAGAUCUCGUCGAUCUUACAGAUCUUCCAGGUCCCCGAGGUCCUCUUCAUCUCGUUCUUCAUCCCCAUACAGCAAAUCACCUGUCUCUUCCAAAAGACGUGCGUCUCUGGAAAAGCAGGCAAAGAAAACUGAAGGGGCUCCUUUGCAAGAUAGCCCCUUGAAAAAUAAAUCACAAGAUGAACAGAAAGAUACAUUUGAACAUGACCCAUCAGAGUCUCUUGACGAUUUUAACAAAUCAGCAGCAGCUUCUGGCGACAUUUGGCCUGGCCUUUCAGCGUAUGAUAACAGUCCAAGGUCACCCCAUAGUCCUUCUAUUGCCACCCCACCUAGUCAGAGUUCAUCUUGCUCUGAUGCCCCUUUGCUUAGCACAGCCCACUCAGCAAAGGACACACCUCAACAUUCCCAUUCCAUUCAGCAUAGUCCUGAGAGGUCUGGCUCUGGUUCUCUUGGAAAUGGUUCUAGCCGUUAUAGCCCUUCUCAGAAUAGCCCAUUGCAUCAUAUCCCUUCGAGGAGAAGCCCUGCAAAGACAAUCCCAUCACAGAGUGCCCCCCGUGAGGAAGCUCGAGUGCGGUCAUUUUAUCCUGAGGGUGGCGAACAGGAAGCUGCAAAAGGUGGAAAGUUUAUGAAAAGGUACACAGAUGAAGAGUCUAGAGUAUACCUGCUUGAUAGGGGUAAUACCAGGGAGAAGGAGGCCCAGAAGGAGAGAGGAUCAGAAAAAGGGAGGACAGAGGGAGAAAGGGAAUGGGAGGAACAGGAAACUUUAGAUUUUUUCAUUGAUAAAGAGACUGGGAAAGAAAAGUUUAAUGACUCUGAAGGGGAGGACACAGAGGAGACAGAGGAUUACAGACAGUUCAGAAAGUCUGUCCUGGCAGAUCAGGGUAAAAAUUUUCCUACUGCGUCUCACCGGAAUGCUGAGGAGGAAGGAACCAAAUACAAAUCUAAAAUAUCAAUCAAGGGCAAUAGAGAGAGCGAUGGAUUUAGAGAUGAGAAAAGUUAUAAGCUUAAAGAGACUGGCUAUGUAGUGGAAAGGCCUAGUGCAACAAAAGAUAAGCACAAGGAAGAAGACAAGAGUUCUGAGAGGCUAAUGAUGAAGAAAGAAACUCAGUCACCUGAGCAGGUAAAGUCUGAAAAGCUCAAAGAACUCUUUGAUUACAGUCCCCCUCUACACAAGAAUCUGGAUGCGAGAGAAAAAUCCACCUUCAGAGAGGAGAGCCCACUUAGGAUCAAAAUGAUAGCCAGUGACUCCCAUCGUCCUGAAGUUAAACUCAAAAUGGCACCAGUACCUCUUGAUGAUUCCAAUAGACCUGCUUCCUUGACUAAAGACAGGCUGCUUGCUAGCACACUUGUUCAUUCCAUCAAGAAGGAGCAAGAGUUCCGAUCCAUCUUUGACCACAUUAAGUUGCCACAGGCCAGCAAAAGCACGUCAGAGUCAUUUAUUCAGCACAUUGUGUCCUUGGUUCAUCAUGUCAAAGAGCAAUACUUCAAGUCAGCUGGAAUGACCCUAAAUGAGAGGUUCACUGCGUAUCAAAAAGCCACUGAAGAACACAGCACCCGACAAAAGAGCCCAGAAAUACAUAGGAGGAUUGACAUCUCUCCAAGUACCCUGAGGAAGCAUACUCGUUUAGCAGGUGAAGAGAGAGUCUUUAAAGAAGAAAGUCAAAAAGGAGAUAAAAAAUUAAGGUGUGAUUCAGCUGAUCUUCGUCAUGACAUUGACCGACGUAGAAAAGAACGAAGUAAAGAGCGAGGAGACUCAAAGGGUUCCAGGGAAUCCAGUGGGUCAAGAAAGCAGGAGAAAACUCCAAAAGAUUACAAGGAUUACAAAUCUUACAAAGAUGACAGUAAACAAAAAAGAGAUCAAGACCGUGCUAGGUCCUCCCCAUCUUCCUCCCCAUCUUCUUCUUCAUCCAGUUCUCGAGAAGAAAAAGAUUGCAAGAAGGAAAGAGAUGAAGAGUUCAAAACCCACCAUGAACAAAAAGAAUACUCUGGUUUUGCAGGAGUCAACAGGCCAAGAGGCACCUUUUUUCGAAUUAGGGGCAGAGGAAGAGCCAGAGGAGUCUUUGCUGGAACAAAUACUGGUCCCAGCAACUCAAAUACUACUUUUCAGAAGAGACCGAAGGAAGAGGAAUGGGAUCCUGAAUAUACCCCAAAAAGCAAGAAAUACUUCUUGCACGAUGACAGAGAUGAUGGUGUGGAUUAUUGGGCCAAAAGAGGAAGAGGCCGUGGUACUUUCCAGCGUGGCAGAGGGCGUUUUAACUUCAAAAAGUCAGGUAGCAGUCCGAAGUGGACACAUGACAAAUAUCAAGGGGAUGGCAUUGUGGAAGACGAAGAAGAAACGAUUGAGAAUAAUGAAGAAAAGGACAGACGCAAAGAGGAAAAGGAAUAACCCUGGAAGAAAGUUGUAGCUGAAAGAGCAGCUGUUGCACCACCCUCACAACAUUUUUAAUAUGUUUUUUUGUUGUCAAAUGAAUGUAAGCAUUUUACUUAAAUUUUACUGUUGGAAAGUAGUUUAGGGGGAUUGUUUUUGUUUUAAGCCUUUAGAAAAAAAUCAUGAUACAGUAAACUAUGUUAAUGAUCGUACAGGUAGAAAGUAAAAUAUUUGUAACAACUUUUAAGAAAUUUUACUGUUUGUUAUAUGCAGUGUAAUUCUGCUUUGUCCAAAUAUAUGGUCAAGUACAACUGAAAGUUUUGAUUCUCCCCUAUGUCUGUGUUUUAUUCUGAAGUAAACUUACAGUUCUGCACACCUGA